UUUUAAUUAAUAUGGCAACUUAAAAUGAAGAAAAAGAUUUAAUAGGAUCCAUAUUAAGUGGUAUUAAUAAUUAACUAAUAGCAGAUGAUGAAAUUAAAUUGAUGCCAGCUUUAUAUAAGAGAAAGAAGAUUUUAACACUCAAAUCAAAAGAAUUUAAUCCUGAAUAGUAUUCUAUGUAGAAUGACAUUCCAACUUCAAAUGCUAGCAUCAUUUCAACAGGAUAAGUUUCAUAAUAGAAAUAGCGAAUAUUUUUUCAUACAUAAACAUCUAUAGAAAUGUAUUUAUUUAUAUAUAAUAAUCUAAAUGUAGACAGUCUUAACUAUCUAGUGUUUUGAUCUAAACUGGAGAAUAAGAAUUUAAUAGUUCAGGAGAGCAUUUUUUAUGUAUCAAUAUCUCAUAUUUUUGAAUAGCAUUUAAUUCAUUAGAAAAACUGUAGCUGAAAUAAAAAGCUAAAAAGCAUCUGACUAUGCAACCAUCAGAAUAAUAACAUAGUUAAUUUUAGUUUAAAAGUGAUUAAAGUAUUGAUGGGAAAUUAUAACUUAGUUAAAUGGAUCUUGUAAAAUUUAAUUAUUAAAAAUUCUUAGGAAUAAAUAUGUGGCAAUUAAUUAAUUAAUAGAAAAUUAUAAAAUGCUUUGGAUAGUAAUGAUCGCUAUUAGAAAAAACUCAUUUUUUAUCAGGUUGAAAAAAUAUGCUUAAAAGCAGCAAAGGAUAUGUUUGGUAAUUAUACAGUCUAAAAAAUAUUUGAUGUUGCAGAUUAUGAUUAAAAAUUUAAAUUAUAUUCUCUCUUGAUCUGUCAUUUCUUGGAAUUGUCAUAAAAUUAAUAUGCUUGUAGAGUUAUUUCAAAAAUUAUAGAAUUCGUAAAGUAAGCUUAUUACUAUACAAAAGAGAUUUUCCUGAAUUAAUGGAAUCCUUUUUCAAAACAAUAUAUCCCCUUAUUAAAUAACUAUUAAAUGAUAUAAAUGGUAAUUAUGUACUACUGUCAUGUUUCGAGAUUUUGGACAAAUAAACAUUGCUGUUUAUCAUACCAUAUAUUGAAGAAGGAGUAUAUUCAUUUAAAUAAUUUAAGAUUAUUAAUCUCUCUAAGUAGACUUAUGGUUGUAGAUUAAUAUAAAAAGUAUUAGAGUUAUAUCCUUUAGAAAUAACAUAACCAAUCUUAGAUAUAUUAAUAUCUUUCGCAUAUUAAUUAUGUUAUUAGGAAUUCGGAAAUUAUAUCAUUUAAUUUCUUUUAAAGAGUGGACCAUAAAAAGAAAAAAUAAUACUUUGCCAAAUUAUUAAAGAUAAUUUCGAAUAAUUAAGUAUUAAUAAGUUUGGUAGCAAUACUGUUGAAAAGUAUAUUGAUCUUAUGGGACCUUCGUAAAUAAUUAAGAAUUUAUGCAAAAAAUAAACUGAUUAGUACUUUUAUUAAAUAAUCUUAGAUUUGUAUUUUAUAACUUAUCUAUCCAUCCUUUUGGAAAUUAUGUUAUCAAAAAAGUUCUGAUUAGUAGAGAUCCAUCGGUUCAUUAUCUAAAACAAUUAUUUAAAUAGCAUCCAGAUCUUAUUCAAUAAAUUAAAAACUCAGAAUUCGGAUAAAGAGUUGGUUUAAUUUUUGAUACUGUAUGAGUGCCAUAUGAUUGUAAUAGUAACUUGCUUAAGAG